UUGUCAUUGAAUAUAUCCAAGCUUUCUACACAAAAAUGGAAAGCAAACACAUAAUAUUAUCAUCUCUGCUUUUGGUGACGGUUCAUUUCGUUAUUGUUGCUCAUUGCAAUAAUAAGGUCCCUGCAGUGAUAGUUUUCGGGGACUCUACAGUGGAUUCUGGAAACAACAACAGGAUCGCCACCGUUCUCAAGAGCAACUUCAGGCCAUACGGCCGUGACUUCCAGGGCGGCCGCCCCACCGGCCGGUUCUGCAACGGUCGUAUGCCGUCAGACUUCAUCUCCGAGGCUUUUGGUAUUAAACCUUACGUGCCUGCGUACUUGGAUCCCUCCUACUCCAUCAAGGAUUUUGCCACUGGCGUUUGCUUUGCUUCUGCUGGAACUGGGUAUGAUAAUGCAACUUCCGAUGUGCUUAAUGUGAUCCCACUAUGGAAGGAAUUAGAGUAUUACAAAGAAUAUCAAGCGAAGCUGAGAGACUACCUUGGGGUUGAGAAGGCCAAUAAGGUGAUAAGUGAGGCACUUUACUUGAUGAGCCUCGGAACCAACGACUUCUUAGAGAACUACUUCCUGCUCCCCACCAGGAGGCUCCAAUUCAGUGUGCCGCAGUACCAGGAUUUCCUGGUGGACAUCGCCCACGAUUUCAUCACGCGGCUCUACCACCUUGGAGCUCGCAAGCUCUCCCUCACGGGGCUCGUCCCCAUUGGCUGCCUCCCCCUGGAGCGGACCGUCAACAUCUUAGGCAAUCACGAGUGUGACCACAAGUACAACGACGUCGCUUUGGAGUUCAACAAGAAGCUCGAUAGCAUGUUGACCAGGCUCAGCAAGGAGCUUCCCUUGUUGAAGGCGGUGUCCGCCAACGCAUACGACUUCGUCAACGACAUUAUCACCAAGCCUUCCUCCUACGGAUUUGAAGUGGUGGAGAAGGCAUGUUGUUCGACAGGAACAGUCGAGAUAAGCUAUCUGUGCAGCGACAAGAAUCCAUUGACAUGCAAAGACGCCGACAAGUAUGUGUUCUGGGACGCCUUCCAUCCCACUGAGAAAACCAACAGCAUCGUCUCUCAUCUCUUGAUUCCUAAGCUCCUCGCUGCUUUCCACUCAUGAUUUCUUCAUCAUUCUGUCUUGAUCUCUUUCUUGCAUGUCUUGCAAAUUAAUGUACCCUCUAUACAUUCCUUCACUAUAUAAUGUGCUCAGCACUUGCCGGAUUUAUACCUUCAAGGCUUGUUGAUUUUGUUUGCAGAUUUGCGAGUCCUCAUAUCCAUAUAUAUAAUAUAUAUGGUUUCACAUAUUUCAUUUUAA